AAGGCGUGGUGUCUAAUAUCUUAAUAACACCCACGUUCGUGCGUGUACACAAAGGACUCGCAUACAUAAUUAAAACCGACGCGUGCAGUGCUAGAACCCUAGAGCCCCUUGCAUGAUUCAACCUGGUCAAGAAAAGUAGUAAAUUCUCUCGUUGAAGACAUGAUCUUAUUGAGCAGGUAAUCUCGCGAACUAAAGAUGUUCUGUGUUUAGAUUAGCUAGAAUAAACAAUUCACUGUCACUAACAGCGAGGUGAUAUUCCACCACCAGAUCAAACACCGAGUGUUUAUCGCUAACAUUAUUCUCGACAGAAGUAAGUAUGAGUGUCACGAGAAAAAUCGAGUUUCCCCAAGUCCCCGGGUCGGAUAACUCCUACUUCAGAGCAAUUUAUGCGACGUGAGCUAGCAAAAUACACGGCACAGAUUAUUAGCCAUGCCCUCGAUCGCAAAGUGCAAGAGGAGCAUGCAGACAAUACAUCGACACUGACCUAUGCAAGUCCCCGGGGGGUCACAACUGAAUAUAAAGCCGCAUAUCGCAUGACUGCCUGUGAUUUCCUCCCCUUUUCGGGAUUACCUGCCCUCUGGUUGUUCAGAUCGGAAGCUUAACCUAUUUUGUAUCAUCGGAAAAAAAAAUACGGACCAUCUUUUUUUUGUGUGAACAGACGACUUCCUGUUUGUCUCCAUGGCAGUUAGGCACUUCGUGGCAAAGGAUUCCUGGACAGGGAAGGUGCGUCUUUUAUCUGUAAAGUCUUUACUUUGUAAGUGACGAUCGUCCUUUGGGAUCGUCCUAAGUGAAAGAAAGUUCGUGGAAAUCGCCGGAAUGGCGUUAUUGCUGGAUCAGGUGGUGGAGGUCAUCGCCAAGCCCCCGGCCAGGAGGACCGAGGCGGAUGUUACUGCGGUGUGCACUUUCCUCCGAGAAAAGUCAGAACUGCUGUCCAAGACGGACUCGGCAACUUUGCCGGACAUCGUCCUUAACUGUACUUAUGAGACAGCUGACUGCGAUGAUGUCAUCAUAAGGCAAGGCGAGGAGGGGGACAGAAUGUACAUUAUUUUGCGCGGUGUUAUCGCCAUUUACAUCGACGCCGUGAUGACUGGCGAGGAGGACCCCUCUAAUCAAUCUCCAACGAGGCGGAAGGAAUCCCCGGACACCAAGAAAACCAGUCAGCCAGAACGUGCUGGGUACGGCAGGUUCAUCACCACCUACGGGCCAGGCCGCUACUUUGGGGAAGCAGCUUUGAUGGCGGAGGACCACGUGCGCAACGCCACCAUCAUCGCCAACAGCAGAUGUGAUUUUCUUGUCAUUGAUCAGGAGCUGUUUGACAGGUGUCUCAAAGACAGCCAACAGAAGGAAUUCCGUGAAAUCCAGAAUUUUGUGGACACCCAUCCCUUCUUCUGUCACAUGUCAGCAAAAUUAAAGCGCCUACUUCAGCUGAGUUUUUGCCGAGAGACCUUUGCCUUCGAUACAACAAUCGUCAAGCAGGGUGACAAGCGGGACCGCCUGGUCUUCAUCACCAGUGGCCAGGCCAACAUUAUUAUAGAGCCAGGCCAGCAUCAGAAACAGUACAGUCACCUCUGGCCCUUUGAGGCUGGGAUCGACGUUUAUUAUCAAGAGUUCGAGUGGUUAAGGGAGUCCCGUAAAAAGGCCAUAUUGCGGAUGCACCGCGACCCCACCCUACUGCACAUCAAGCCCCCCAGCCUGCAGGUCCGAAGACAUGAGGGGUACGCGGCCAGCGAGAGGCGCCGGCAGGACCUCCAGGUGUGUCUGUGCUCUGUGCGUGAUGGCGAGGUGUUGGGUGACGUGGAGCUGGCGCUCAACCUCUCUACUUACCUCCAGACUGUCGUCUGCACCACGGAAACGCAGGUGUUGGUGUUGCACAUGAAAAACCUGGAAAGGGUGACAGGUCGUCGAAACCCUGUGACUAUGGCGGUCAUCAGAGAACACGCCAUAGCCAAGCUCAACACUCGACGUGCGUCCAAAUAUGGCCACCAGGUGCAGCUUCUGCACUACCUGUACACCAAACUGAUCGCGGAGGAGUUUCCCAAUAACAAGAAAUUGCCUCCUUUGAAGACCAGCAAGGCCCCACCCAGUCGCGAGACCCAACGGCAGCACAUGUUGAGCAAAUACCUGGAGGGCAAGGCACAACUGGUGGAGCCGUACGGAGUACCUGGCGGCCUCAUCUACAAAGACCUGAUGGCGGAGAAAUCUCGAAUCCGUGCCAACAUCCGGAGGCGGGGGACGCUGGGAGUCGGCGCGGUUGUGCGAGCGGCGCGCCGCAAAGUCAACAGCCGUCAACCUCGCAGCCGCCGCCAGCUGAUCGAGUCACUGAGGGAGAUGAUGGAGGCUCAGCUCGUGGACGUCGGUCGCGAGGGGCCGAAGAAAGGUCAAGGUCAUGAAGGUCACGCAAGCUCCAGGACGUCUGUCGCGAGACCAGAGCUUCCGUCGCGACCGCCCAACGCGCUGCCCUCGCUGACCACCGAUAAAGUGGGACGUUCGCCAGAAAAGUCCGCUCAGAAACAGUUUAUGUCUUCUGACAAAUCCUCUGACAGUAAGAGACUCAAGCUGCCUCCUGUAACUCCUGGCAAGACUGAUGGUAGCAGCGGUGGUGGUGUUGUCCUCACGAAAUCGGUGGACAGUCGGUCCGCGCUGUCGAUGCCGCUGAUUCGAGAGGAGACGGAGGACACAGGCGGGACGCAGGUUGUAGAUGUCCCCGCAUCUUCAGGCGGUGACGAGGCUGGUCCAGCACCAGGUUUGGCCAAAGGCUUUACGCGUCGCCGAAAAGGUGCGCGCGCCGGUACACAGGAGAUGGGCGAGUACGAGACCUCCGAGGUAAGCCUGAACUUCUUGGAAACCCGCGUCAAGCAGUUCGUCACCAAGUACACCAGUGGUGGGCCCAGCAAAGUCAACAUCAAGCUGCCCGCGCUGCGGCGCUUUAAGCUGGACCUCAAGGUGGACGAGGAGGAUCUCCCCAAACCUGGAGGAAAGGUGUGGAUCAAGAAGCGCAUGUGCCGGUUCGCGAACAGCAAAGUGAUGGUUAAAGGUCAUGAACACAUUCGAUACCAUAUUGUGGAGGAGCUGCCAGAGUUUGACAGCGUGAAGAAGAUGCAGCACAUCCUCCAUCAGAUGCUGGACGGGGUGCGAACCACUGCAGAGGGCGCUGCAGAGACAGCGACGGUGCCGACUGCCUGAGUGCUGGAAAGUGUCGCUCGUUUGGACGUGAGCUUGAGACCCUGACAAUCAUAAAUAGGGCUUUAGUUGUUUGAAUGUACUGCCACUUUGUUCUUCCUUUCUUCUGCAGCAGUCUGUAUCAUUGUGUGUGUGUGCGCGCGCGCGCGCGCGUUUUCAAAGUCUUUCCACUUUCUUUCUUCCAAUGCACACUCAUUCAAACAUUUAUGAACUGAGGAGAGCAUAAUUAUAUAGUCUGCCUCUUAACUAGUGCCAUAAAUUAAUGCAGAUUUUGGGAGCCUCUAAACCUUUGAGCGUAAAUACAAGUGAUAUAUAUAUAUAUUAGUUACAAUAAAAUUACUGAUGUUUUUUCUCGUUA